GGGACGAGGGAGAGCGACUAGUGCGGCGGGUGUCGUACCUCAAGGCCACGUCUGGGGACCGCAUGUAUUCUGACUCCGACCUCGACUCCGACAACGACGACCGAAGUGGUUUGAGGGUUGAAGGCGGAGAGGAGGCGAGUGUUGUGGGCGGGGUGAGUGUGGCGAGCAGUGAGCCCGCCCCAGGCACGCCCGCAGGCCCUCUGUGUGUGGGUGACCUGCCCUCCCCUGCCUCUCUCCAGUCUGCCGUGCUCAGACAGGGCGCCCUCCACGUUAAACUGACCAUGGUCGACGGAAAGAGGCUGGUGACCGGUCGUGGAAGGCGGUGUGGGCGGUGGUGGUGGGUCACUCAAUUAUAUUUUACAAGGAUCGACAGCACGCCGGGCAGGUAA